AUGAUAAGUAAAUUAGAAAUAAUUCCGAAUGAAAUAUUUUUAAAUAUAUUUUCUUAUUUAUCGUGGGAUGAAAUCUUAAUAUCAUUAUGGUCAUUAGAUAAUCGUAUUAAUUCUCUUAUUUGUUCAAUAUUUUCAAUAAAUAAUAAAAAUAGAUUUAUUUUUAAUAAAUCAACUUUAUCCUAUGAAAAGUUUUCUACAAUAAUCCUUCCAUUAAUAUUAAACUGCUCAUAUCUUUUAUCUCCUAUUAAAUCUAUUCAUUUUGAUGAAAUUAAUUCAUUAUUUUUCGACUUAUUUUACGAAAAUAUUUAUAAUGAUAACAGUAUUAAACCAAUUAUUUAUUUUCCUAAUCUUAAAACAGUUUCAAUUAGUCAAUGUUUAUUAUCUCAAUCAUUAGUUCAAACGAUAUGUUUAUUUAUCCAGUUGAAAUUAGAUCAACUUACAUUAUCAUUUCAUGAAGAUAUUUAUCAAACGUUUAUUAAUGAACGAGAAUCUCCAUCAAUUCCUUCUGAUAAAGGUAAUAAAUUAUUAAUUUUAGUUGCAAGAGGCAAUAUGUAG